AUGCUUGAAUUUCCAUUGGGAAGCAUUGAGUUUUCAAAACUUCCAUUCAGAACAAAAGCCGAUAAAACCUAUGGAGAAUGGACAAACCAAUUUAAAAACAAGACCAUGAUUCAUCUACAAGAGAUAAAGAUGAAGAUAGUUUCCUCAAAAAAAGCAAAUAUGAACUUCAAGAUGAAUUUUAUAGCUUUGUUAAUCAACUCUUUGUUACUUUAUGUAGCCAGUAUCAAAGUUGAGCUUAUAAAAGUUGAAAAAAAACAUCCAGUGAUCUGCCAUUAUAGUAAAAAGAAGAUGAGGAUGAGAGAAAAUUAUAAGAAAGAAGAGCUGGGAGAUUUUGGAACAGGAGAAUUGAAUGAGAAGUUCAUUGAGGAACAGUUGAAUGAGGAGGAUUAUAAAAAAAUAAUUAUGAUGAAGUUUAAGAAGCUACAAAUGUUAACCAAUAAGGGGCUUAAUCUAUUCCAUGAAAAUGUAACAUUAAAUAAUUUGAAAAAUAGUUUGGAAGAUAUUUUUGAUGAUGAUGAUGAAGAUAGUGAAGAAGAAAAAGGAAGUGAUGAUGAUGAUGAUGAUAAUGAAAAUAUUGAAGGUGGUGAAAAUGAUGAAGAAAACGAGGAUGGAGGAGGUGAAGGUGGUGAGAAUGUUAUUGGAGAGGAAAGUGAGGAAGAAAACAAAGAUAAUGGAAGUGAAGGAUGUGAUAACGUUAUAGGAGGAGUGGAAAACAAAUCAGAAAAGAAUAAUGAAGAAGGGAAAAAUAAUGAACGAGGAGGAGAAAAAAAUGAGGAAGAAGACAAGGAUACGGAACUGAAAGCGGUGAUAACAUUACAUGAGAAGGAAAACGAAGCAGAAAAGAAUAAUGAAGGAGGGCCAGAUGUUGAAGAAGAAGGUUUUGGUGGAAAUGUACAUGAAGAAGUUGGACAAAAAGUGUUGACGAUAAGGGAAAAAAAUGUUCAAAAAACUCGUGUAGAGGGUAACAAUCUAGAUGGGAAUAAUGCUGAAACGGGAGAAGGAAAAAAUGGAGAACUAACACAAAAUGUAGAAGGAGGAGAGGGAAGGAAUCUGGAGGAUAAGAAAACUGUGGAGGGGAAGAAUCUGGAAGUUAAGAAUACUGAUAAAGACAAAUGA